CUUCACCGUGAUUUGUGGGGAAGAAAAAGAAAACACUUUAAGCGUUCUGCUAACUUGCGCCGCCAUGAAUAACCGCCGUGGAGUAGCCGCCGUGUCGAACCAGAAUCGACGGUCGCAACAGCGUCCGGUGAUUCACGUGUUACAGGGCGAGACGGCUUUACGAGUUGUCUGCCACGCGUCAGUAAUCGGUGGCAUAAUCGGAGCAAACGGCUGUAUAGUAUCCAAGCUCCGGCGAGAGACCGGUACUAAAAUCCACUGCGAGACUCCGGUGAACGGGUCCGAUCACUGGGUAGUAUUCAUCGUCGGGUCAAAGGCCGUUGACAAAAGCAUUCUAUUGACUGAUAGAGUCGGAGAUUUCUCCGGCGGUGAACACGACGAUUGGGUGACUUGUGAGGUUUCCGCUGCUCAGACGGCGCUGAUUAGGGUUUUGGAGAGAUCUUGGGCGGUUUUGGCGGCGAAAGAUAGCGGCGGAGUCGUCGUCGAUGAUGGUAAAGAAGCUUAUUGUGGGAUUCUUGCUAAUAAGAAUCAGAUUGGAGCCGUUUUGGGGCUUGGAGGGAAGAAUGUGGAGUGGAUGCGGAGAAAUUCCGGUGCCAUGAUUAGGGUUUUGCCUCCUCCGGUUUGUGGCACUAACACUGAUGAGCUGAUUCAGAUUACGGGAGAAGUCUUGGCUGUGAAGAAGGCACUGGUUAUGGUAUCAACUUUUCUUCAAAAUUGUCCACCUCUCAAUGGCUAUCCACCGCCACUUUGCAGCAAAGCCAAUGGAAACUCAGAGGAUCCUCAUUCGGAGUUUUUCCCGGAACUGCGUUCUUCUUCGUUGCCUAAUGCUUCAGAAACCGCUGCAUCCAACAGACGUUACUUACCAUCACGGUAUGAAGAAGGAAACGGUUUUCAGGAUUCAAAAGAAACAGAAGGGAAGGUCGUGUUUAAACUAAUCUGCACAAGUUUAGCAGCUGGAGGCAUAAUUGGGAAACAAGGCUCUAAUAUCAGAGCUCUGCAGAAUGAAACUGGUGCUUCGAUUUCGAUCGGAGCUCCUUUGAAAGAAUCCGGUGAACAAGUUGCUACCAUUUCCGCACGCGAGAAUCUAGAGUCACGGUACUCUCAUGCACAAAAAGCUCUGGCUCUUGUAUAUGCAAGAUCUGCUGAGAUUGAUGUUGGGAAAGGUCUGCAUCAGGGACUGCAUUGUGCUUUGGUGAAAGCGAAGCUAUUGGUACCAUCACAGUUUGCUAUUGACUUAAUUGGAAACAGAGAAGCAAACAUAGCAACUGGUGACAAUGUACACAUUUCAGUAGGUGACCAGAUGCUGGACUGUAUUUCAGAAAAUGAAAUGCUGAUAGAGAUUAUGGGAGAGUAUAGGCAUGUACUGAAGGCGUUGACUCACGUUUCUUCUAAAUUACGGGGUAACCUAUUUCCAAAGAAGGUUUUAGAAGAAAUGAGAGCUAGAGUUAGUAAUCCAUAUGAAAGUGAAGCAGCUAAGUAUAAUCUGCAACCAUCACAACAAAACCAUGGUGGUUCAACAAAACCGCAGAACGCAGGCAGAGGUGAUUCUCUCUCGGUAUCAGAUGGUGAACGAGAAGUAAUGAAGUCGAUUGAUUAUCUAAUGCACAAUGAGGUUCUUAAAGACGCCAACGGAGUCAACGGCUUGCUAGACAAUGACUUGACACAGGGAAUGAAACAGCUUCAACUUUCUAGCAAUGGAGACGUCUCUUCUUUACCACCAAGCAGAAGUAAAGGUAUAUCUUUGAGAAAAGUUACAUUGGAUCUAGCUAUCGAGAAAGAUGCACUUGCUGCACUCUAUGGCAGAGAUGGAGCCGGUCUAGAUAAUCUAGCACAGAUUUCAGGAGCCAAAGUGGAUGUCAAGGAUCCUACAGAAGCUGAAGCUACGGUCUUACUCUCUGGGAUUCCUGAACAAACCCGCACAGCUAUGUCUUUGAUCCUGUCUAUCCUUGCUGAUCAAUGAUAGAAGAAAAUGGAUGAUCUCCUGCUAUUGUGGCGUUUUGCAGCCUACUUUUGUAAAAAUGGAGAUCACUUGUGUUUACUUUUUGGCAACUUAUCUUUUGCAGCCUACUUUUGUAAAAAAAAUUGUUUUUCUUGUUUUGGAAACUAGCAGCUGUCAGAAUCAAGAAAGUGCAGUUUUUUGUUUUGUUUGAUCUCAUCUGCUUCAAAGCUUGUAUCUAGAAGAACACAACAUUGCACUGUGUAAAAGCAGUUUUCUGGAUGCUUAUGGGUUAAUA